CCUCAGUUGACCCACCCGACAACAUGAAGCUCGUUACCCUUGUCCUUGCCUCGCUUGCUGCCACCACUGUACAGGGUGCCGCCAUGCAGAUUUGGUGUCACUUCCCCGGCCAAGGCUGCUACAUGCUCAAGCGUGCGGCCGAUGCCACCGGUGCCGUCAAGCGUUCUGCUGAAGCCUUGGCCGAAGCCAUGCCCGACCCUGAAGCCGUCAACACAUGGUGCCAUUUCCCUGGUCAAGGGUGCCAGAAGGCCAAGCGAGCGGCCGAGGCUAUCGGCGAAGUCAAGCGUUCUGCCGAUGCUCUGGCGGAAGCCAUGGCCGCUCUUGAGGAGGAGGAUGGGCAAUAGAAAGGUUCGCUUGCCACAAUCAGAUUAAAUGGCGUCAGGUGGCCAGUGUUCCUAAUCCGGUUCCCUUUUCGUGUACAGUUCUCUCCGGUUCGGGGGUCCUCG